UCUAAGGACCUAACAAAGAUGGCGCCCUCCAUGUAAACGUGAGUGGUACGACCACAACAACAAACGUUCUGAUUUUGGUGCCACAUCGGAAGAAUAACAGACAAGCCUCUUGCUUCUGAAAUGAUAAUGCCAGAAAAGAAAGAAUCACAAAAGGAUAUUUUCUUCGAGGAUGAAGAUCUUCCUUACGAAGAAGACAUCUUGCGGAAUCCUUAUUCGGUAAAGUGCUGGUUGCGAUAUAUUGAACACAAGAAGGGAGCCCCAAAAAAUGCUAUUAAUUUAGUAUAUGAGAGAGCAUUAAAAGAACUUCCAGGAAGUUAUAAGCUUUGGUAUAACUACCUAAAGAUCCGGCGACGCCAGUGUAAGGGUCAUUGUAUCACUGAACCACUCUAUGAGGAUGCCAACAAUGCUCAUGAACGUGCCCUUGUGUUCAUGAAUAAGAUGCCACGGAUUUGGCUGGAUUAUUGCCAGUUCCUUGUAGACCAGUGUAAAGUGACUAAGACUCGUCGAACAUUUGACCGAGCCUUAAGGGCUCUUCCCAUUUCACAGCAUCACAGAGUGUGGCCUGUCUACCUCAAGUUUGUGUGUAAAUACAAUCUACAGGAGACCACUGUACGUGUGUACAGACGUCACUUAAAGCUUCAGAAAGAGAACACAGAAGACUACAUAGAAUACCUAAAAUCUAUAGAGUGGUUGGACGAGGCAGCAGCACGCCUAGUCAAUAUAAUCAACGAUGAUCCGUUUGUGUCCAAAGAGGGCAAGUCGAAACAUCAGUUAUGGAAUGAACUGUGUGAGUUGGUUGCAAAAAACCCAGACAAGGUGACAUCACUGAAGAUUGAGCCUAUCAUCCGGCAGGGUCUGAAGCGUUACACUGACCAGAUAGGUGUUCUCUGGAACUCCAUGGCUGACUACUACAUCAGAGGCGGACACUUUGAACGGGCUAGAGAUAUCUAUGAGGAGGCCAUUCAGACUGUAAUAACAGUUCGAGACUUCACACAGGUCUUUGAUGCUUAUGCUCAAUUUGAAAAAAAUGUCAUUGGUGCAGAAAUGGAAACUAUGGAGGAGAAAGGAGCCUCUGAGGAAGAUGACCUCAAUCUUGAGUUACGUUUGGCUCGAUUAGAAUGUCUCAUGGACAGAAGACCUCUGCUUCUAAAUAGUGUCCUACUACGACAAAACCCACACAAUGUACAUGAAUGGCAUAAAAGGGUGAAACUCUAUGAAGGCAAGCCAAGGGAGAUAAUCAACACAUAUACAGAAGCUGUCCAGACAGUCGAUCCAAAACAGGCAUCAGGAAAGCCAGGCACGCUGUGGGUAGAAUUCGCCAAGUUCUACGAGGCAGCGGGACAAAUAGAGGAUGCUCGUGUGAUAUUUGACAAGGCUGUGAAGGUGCCUUACAAACAUGUAGAUGAUCUGGCAACAGUCACCUGUGAAUGGGGAGAGAUGGAAAUCCGACAUGAAAACUAUGAGGAGGCCUUGAAAUUAAUGCAGAAAACCACAGUACCUCCGUCUCGGAAAGUGGCAUAUCAUGAUGAGACCGAGACUGUACAGGACAGGGUACACAAAUCUCUGAAAGUCUGGUCCAUGUAUGCUGACCUGGAGGAAAGUUUUGGAACAUUUAAGACCUGUAAAGCAGUUUAUGAUAGAAUCAUCGACCUGCGGAUAGCCACACCACAGAUCAUCAUGAACUAUGGCCUGUUUUUAGAGGAAAACAACUACUUUGAGGAAGCUUUCAAGGCCUAUGAAAAGGGGAUUGCAUUGUUUAAGUGGCCCAAUGUCUACGACAUCUGGAAUACAUAUUUGUCCAAGUUUAUUGAGAGAUAUGGUGGAUCAAAGCUUGAGAGAGCAAGGGACUUGUUUGAGCAGUGUCUUGAAAAUUGUCCACCAAAAUUUGCAAAAGCCAUAUUCCUUCUGUAUGCCAAGUUGGAGGAGGAGCAUGGAUUGGCUCGGCAUGCCAUGGCAGUGUAUGAUCGGGCAACUAAAGGGGUGUUACCUGAAGAGCAGGCAGAGAUGUUUAAUGUAUACAUAAAGAGAGCAGCAGAGAUCUAUGGUGUUACUUACACCCGACCUAUCUAUGAAAAAGCCAUAGAAGUUCUUCCAGACGACCAUUCAAGAGAGAUGUGCAUGAGGUUUGCAGAUCUUGAGAGAAAACUUGGGGAAAUUGACAGAGCAAGGGCACUGUACUCCCAUUGUACACAGAUGUGUGAUCCUCGGGUAGCACCCCACUUCUGGCAGGUGUGGAAGGACUUUGAGAUUAAACAUGGAAAUGAGGACACCGUACGGGAAAUGUUGAGGAUCAAACGCAGCAUACAGGCCAUGUACAACACACAGGUUAACUUCAUGUCCUCACAAAUAAUGGCAGCACAAAGUGGAGGGAAGACAGAUACUGAAACUUCCAAUCCAGAAGUAGACAGCAUGAAGAAGUUGGAGGAACGUGCCCGACAAUUAGCAGAGGAGGCAAUGAAAGACCAAGCUAAACCAGACAAGGGCAUCUUAUUUGUGAGGAGUAACACUACGGAUGAGGAGCUUGGAGAGAUGACAAAGACAGCCAACCCUGAUGCCAUUGAUAUUGAUGACUUUUCUAGUGAUGAUGACGAAAAUAUUGAAGAAUUGGAGGUUCAGAAGCAGUCUGUUCCAUCAGAGGUAUUUGGAUCUCUGGCCACAGAAGAGGGCUGACGGUUGAUAUCUGAAAUGCAAACAAAAUAAAUACGCUAUGGGCAGAUUUUGAACAUGAAAUCUCACAAUGUGCAUUCAAGUUCAGCUAUAUAAAAUAGGAAAUAAUAAAUGUUUAAUGAA